CUUCCCUCACUGACAGCUCUUUGUCCCCGCCCUCUCCCCAUCGUCCUGUGUUGCUCUUCCCUCGCUGACUGCUCUUAGCUCCACCCCUUACGCUCAGUCCCCGCCCUCUCUUCUGUUGUUCUUGUGUUGCGCUCUUCCCUCACUGACUGUUCUUAGCUCCGCCCCCAGAGGUCACUCCCCGCCCCUCCUCCGUAUAGGGGUACACGCUACGCAGCAAUAGUGUCCUGUGACAGGUGAGUGUGGUGCCAUGAUCGGGCUGCGCUUGUUACUUCUGCUGGCCCCCUGCCUGUCCCAUGCCCAGGACUAUGCCCCCCCUCGUUAUAACCUGAGCCUGGACCUGCCCCCAGAGCAGCGCUGGAAACCUGUGCUCAAACAUUAUAACUACACAGAGCUGAAGGCAAAUAUAGACUACGUAUUUCGUACAUCAUUACCUAAAUGGGUACAUGCUCUCAUCCGUCCACUGGCAGAGAUAGAACUGGCUUUUCUCGUUCCUGAACCAUAUGCUGGAGAGAUAAGAGGCAUUGCCAGGACGCUUGGAAUUAAUAUUGGGGAUGUAGUGGCCUUAAACCUGUGCUACGAAGCUACAGCAUUUUGCACUAGUAUUGUUGCCCAAGAUGACAAGGGAAAUGUGUACCAUGGGAGAAACCUGGAUUAUAACUUUCCUGAUAUACUGAGAAGAAUGACUAUGGAUUUGGAUUUCAUACAAAAUGGGAAGGUUGCAUACACGGGAACAACCUUUGUAGGCUAUGUUGGACUGUGGACUGGUCAGCGACCCUACAAAUUUACUAUAUCUGGUGAUGCGAGAGAGCGUGGGGAGUGGUGGAAAAAUGCAAUUUCUGCUUUUUUCAAAAGAAGUUCUCCAGUCAGCUGGUUAAUAAGAGAUGCACUAAAUGAUGAUAAAGAUUUUGAGGCUGCGGCACUACGACUCUCCAAGACACCAAUCAUUGCUGAGACAUAUUAUAUUAUAGGUGGUACACAGUCAAAAGAGGGCCUGAUAAUCACUCGAAACAGAGAUGGACCUGCUGAUCUCUGGCCUUUGGAUCCUUUAAGUGGAGAGUGGUUCCAUGUAGAGACAAACUAUGACCACUGGACCACUCCACCUCCCUCUGAUGACCGAAGGACUCCAGCUAUUAAAGCUUUAAAUGCUACUGGGCAGGCAAACAUUAACACAGACACUUUAUACAAGGUCCUGUCGGUGAAGCCUGUGAUGAAUUCAAUGACUGUGUAUACAACAGUAAUGAGCGCUGCCACCCCGGAGAAAUACACAACUCUGAUUAGAAAUGAAAAUUAAAUAAAAGAAGAACCAUCAAUUAAUAUUUCUGAAGAUAUAUAAACUUCCAAAAAUGUGAACAAGGGAUCUUGAGUACAACAGGUGCUAACAUGAAUGUAUAUCCGAAUGUUCAAUGCAUUAUGUGUAGCUUAGACUGUGUAGCUGCAUUUGUGCCUUAGACAUUAUAUAAUCUUUAUUCAUUUCCAGUCCAGUUUAACCCUUUUAUGGCAAUUUUGGACCCUAAAAAGAAUCUUCACCUUUUUAAUAAGACAUCAAUUUUAGGUCCAGUAUUCCUAACAUAUCAUCUACAUAGCAAUAUAAAGUGGGUGUUAAAUAACAUUUAUUGCCACUACUUGGAAGAUCUUACUGCACGGCAGGUUAUUAUUGAAUUUAAUGUAUAAAUGGUAUAUGACUGCAUUGUAUGUUAUCAUUUUAGAAAACUGCACUGGUAGAGACCAUUCCUUGUGACAUAGACACAUACAACAAUGUGUUCUUUUCAUUAAAUAUAUGUUAUCAAAUCAACACAAACUAUUAAAGCAGCAUUCCCAUCUUAAAAAAGUUUAAGACCUCAUCUACAAAAAUGUUGGAAGUAUAGCAGAUCCAAACAUGGGCUACUAUUACGGUGGAAUGUUUCAAAUAAGGUACGGUACUGGUAGAAAGUUUUUUUUUUUUUUUUUCUUAUAAAAAACUAAAUGUGAGAACCAGGGGGCAAUCUGAGGUUAGAUGGGGAAAGAUCAGAAGCCACAUGACAAAAUAUGAUUUAACUUAAAGAGUAGUAGAUUGAAGUGAAGUGAAAGAAGCAUGCCUGGGAUAAACGUAUAUCUAUCCUAAGAUAAAAAAAAGAAAAUAACAUAAGAGCAGACUAGAUGGGCCAGGUGUUUUUUUUUUCUGCCAACAAUCUUCUUCUCUUUUUAUGUGUCUUGAUAAAAAUCUGCACUUGCUUAAUGAUGGAGGCUGUGUGAGUAAGUGUCCUAACUGUUAAAAUAUAAAGUUUAUGACCCCACAUGUGAACAGCAAAAUGGUAAAAAAAAAUAAUAAACGCCAAAGUCACAUGAUAUAUCCGAAAACAUUUAUAAAAAGUGAUCAAAAAUUCCCAUCAAAACAAAAAUGGCACCACUAAAAACUACAGAUCGCAGUCACAGGAAAAUGAGCCCUCAUACAACCCUGUAUGCGAAAAAAUGUAAAAAAAAAAUAGUUAUAGGUGGUCAGAAAAGGACAAUUUUAAGCAUACUGAUUUUGUAAAAAAAAAAAAAAGUUUGACCUUAUUUUAAAGUACAGUAACAUCUCCCUUAGCGGACACCUCCCAAUAGUGGACAGUUUUUUAUUCCCCGCUUACCCCCCUUUAUCCCAGUGCCGUUUUAUUCCCCCUGUGCCCUGUGCCAAAUCAUUCCCCCCUCUCCCCUUGGGCAACUUCAUUUUUCCCCUUCCCUCCUCCCCCUGUGCAGCGGCUCUCAGCGGGCUUGAUAUUCUCCUGAUGUCCACUGCACUCACUGAGAGGCUGUGAGCAAUGGCGGCUGCGGGCACUGACGAAUGACACUCCUGAUGUCACUAGCUUACAGCUGAUUGGACAGCGGGACCCACUUCCUCGCCAUCCGAUCAGUGCUAAUAAAUGUGAAAUGUGAAUUUAUUAAAAGAGUUAAUAAAUGUGAAAAAGGGGGGUGAGUUUGAGUUAAUUAUUUUAAAUAAAAUAAUGUUAACAAAAAUAAACGGGGUAUUGCCGCAUGCAUAAAUGUCUGAACUAUUAAAAUAUAACAUUAAUUAAAUUGCACGGUUGAUGGCUUACACGUAAACAAAUACCAAAGUCCAAAGGUGCGCCUUUUUGAUCACUUCAUAUAUUAUAUAUUCAAUUUCACCCCACAAAUAUUUUUUUGGGCUUUUGCCAUAUAUUUUGUUUUAAAAUAAUUGAUGUCAAUUUGUGGCGCCUUCAUAUGGGUCUGUAGGUCGAAAAUUUUAGAAUGGGGGGAGGAAAAAACAAAAGUGCAAACUGAAAAAUGGCCUUGUCGUCAAGGGGUUAAGGAGUUAAAUGACUGUAUAGAUGGUAAUGCACUGAAUCAUGGUGCUACCUUACUGUCUGUUUUAAAUGUGAAUUGUGCAUUCAUUAUGUGAAUUGUAAAUUAAAAAGAGAUUUUAUUGAAAUGUACUUAUAAAAUAUAUUUUAAUACAGAUGUGUCUUAGAUUAACAUUUACAGCUGGCUUAUGAAGAUCAACCGGAAGAGUAUUUUUUUACUUAAAGUGAACAUGUUGUAGACCACUAAUAAGUGCCUCUCUAUAAGGUAGUGACCUAAGACCAUACAAUGACAAGUUCACUUAAAGGUGUUAAAAAACUGUGAUGUUUGAAGAUAUUUUACUUGGAAUGUGUGUGAAAAUAAAGAUGCUGUAAAGUA